UCGGUGAACAAUUACAGUUUACAUUUUUACGAUGUUGAUAACGUACGGUGAUUAAACAGUACGAGAUAUCAGAAACAAACAUUUUGUUCAUCAUAAACAGUAUUUAUUACUCUGAAAUAUGUGGAUGAUAAUACCAAGAUGGUCCAGGUUUCAUGUAGCCUUUGGGCAUAAUAUAGUAAAAUCACCACUGUGUAAAACCUUCUCUAUAGCCUCAGAAGUUCAAAACUACAAUGAAAUCACAUUAUUGGGAAACAAGUAUACAACAGACCAGUGGACAAACGUCACUCCAAAUGUCCUUAACAAAUUAGAAAGGAACUUGCACAUUACCCCAUACCAUCCUUUAUCUUACAUACGUCAACGUAUUGUUAAUUAUUUUUACAAUCAAUUUCAUAACCGAAUUGGGAAUCCAAUAUUUAGCGUGUAUGAUAAUAUAUCCCCUAUAGUCACUGUUGCUCAAAAUUUUGACUCUCUUCUUGUACCAAUUGAUCAUCCAAGUAGAAAAAAAAAUGAUUGUUACUAUAUAAAUCAAGAUAUUUUGUUACGUGCCCAUACAACUGCCCAUCAAUCGGAACUAAUUUCUAUGGGAUUGAACAAUUUUCUUGUAAUUGGAGAUGUGUAUCGCAGAGAUGAAGUGGAUUCCAUGCAUUAUCCUGUUUUCCAUCAAGUAGAUGCUGUCAGAAUGUGUACAGUAGAUGAAGUAUUUCAAAAUACCAAUAGCUCUGAAGAAUUGAGGCUGUUUGAACACAGAGGUGUAGAGAGCAAUGACAAACAAGGUUGUCAUACUUUAGAGUCUGUAAAAAUAAUGGAACAUGAAUUGAAAAAUACUUUAAUAGGAUUAGCACAGGCACUUUUUGGCUCAGAAACCCAAACUAGAUGGGUUCAACAACAUUUUCCUUUCACCCAUCCAUCAUGGGAAUUAGAAGUCUACUACAGAAAUGAAUGGCUUGAAGUAUUGGGAUGUGGUAUCAUGCGUCAGGAAAUUCUACAAAAUUCAGGUGCAGGAGAUCGUAUUGGAUGGGCAUUUGGACUGGGAUUAGAAAGAUUAGCUAUGUGUUUAUAUAAUAUUCCUGAUAUCAGAUUAUUUUGGAGCCAAGAUUCUGGUUUCUUAAAUCAGUUUAAAGUUGAAGAUCCUAAUGCAGCAAUAGAAUACAAGCCUGUCAGUAUAUAUCCUCAGUGCAAAAACGACAUAAGUUUUUGGAUACCCGAAGGUGUUUCUUAUUCGUCUAACGAUUUUUACGAUUUAGUAAGGAAUAUUGGCGGUGACAGAAUAGAACAAAUUAUACUGAAAGAUGUGUUUCAUCACCCUAAACACAACAAAUUAUCGCAUUGUUAUACUAUAGUGUAUAGACAUAUGGAACGUACAUUAUCGAAACUAGAAGUAAAUAAUAUUCACCAACUAAUAUGCAAACACGCUAGUGAGAAAUUACAUGUUACGAUUAGAUAAAUUACAUUAAAUAACCUUAAGACAGAAACCAGUGUUUGCUGUUAUUUUCGAAACAAAGAAACGAAGUAAAAAAUGAAUCAGACAAAGGAAUAUAUUAUUUUAUUUGCGCAUAAAUUAAUUACAAAUGUGUCAAGUCAAAUAAUAUUUACCUAGAAAUAACUAUGUCAUCUAUAGUACAGUACAUUUCAACAUUAUAAGUAAUAACAAUUACAACUAUCUCUACAUGCUUAUAAUUUACGCACGAAUAUAAAAAUCAGUUUCCUUUUAUUAUAGUGUUGUGUAUUCACAGGAAGUAAAUUGCAGUGAAUAACAAUAUAUUUGAAAAUAAUGCUUAUACUUACAAUAUAAAACAAAUAUAUCGUCAAAGGAAAACGUUAGCAAAUAGAUCUCUCGGAACUUAAUUUAUAAAAAUAAAGAUUUAACCUCAAAUAUUUUCACAUAUUUAUUAAAUACACGAAGAAAACGUCAAAUAAAGCAUUAUAUGCUUUCGAAGCAUCCGUUUAUAAACUUAAUAUAAAAAAUACUGUAAAUCAGACGACCAAAUACAAAAGAUAAA